AAGAGUUUUGGCCAUCUUCCAUGUUGUGACAGGCCAGGAGUAGAAUGCACUGCCUACCUCCUUUCCCCCAUUUUCCAUUUUAUAAUCUCAGUUCGCUUGCAGUCAUCACUGAACACUGGAGCACAGUGGCAGUCCAUGCUUUGUGCCCGUGAACUCUUCUAAGUACAUCUCAUCUGCUUUCUUUGAGCAACCGCACACAACAGCCUCAAACUUGAAGAAAGAAAAUGGCCUGUACUGAGUUUUCUUUCCAUGUGCCAAGUCUUGAGGAGCUUGCUGAAGUUCUACACAAGGGGCUGAAAAGUAACUUUGCUGAAGUCCAGGUCUCUGUGGUUGAUUGUCCUGAUUUGACCAAGGAGCCAUUUACCUUUCCUGUAAAAGGAAUCUGUGGGAAAACUAGAAUUGCAGAAGUAGGAGGUGUGCCUUACUUAAUGCCUAUUGUAAACAAGAAAAAAGUUUAUGAUCUAAAUAAGAUUGCGAAGGAAAUAAAGCUGCCUGGAGCUUUCAUUCUUGGAGCAGGAGCAGGUCCAUUUCAGACUCUUGGAUUCAAUUCUGAGUUCAUUCCACUUGUCCAAACAGAAAGUGAAAACCACGCUCCUGUGAAUGGAAGUUACUUUGCUCGUAUUAACCCUGCAGAUGGAGGGUGCAUGCUGGAGAAAUACAGCCAGAAAUACCGUGAUUUUGGAUGUGCAUUACUAGCUAAUCUUUUUGCCAGUGAGGGCCAACCUGGCAAGGUCAUUGAGGUAAAAGCCAAACGGAGAACUGGACAACUUAACUUUGUGACUUGUAUGAGACAAACUCUGGAAAAACAUUAUGGAAACCAGCCUGUAGGGAUGGGAGGCACCUUCAUAGUUCAAAAGGGAAAGGUCAAGGCUCAUAUUAUGCCAGCAGACUUUUCAUCCUGCCCACUGAACUCGGAUGAAGAGGUGAACAAGUGGCUGCGUUUCUAUGAGAUGACAGCUCCUCUGGUUUGCCUACCCGUGUUUGUCUCCAGGGACCCCGGGUUUGACUUGAGGCUGGAGCACACUCAUUUCUUCAGUCAUCACGGAGAAGGUGGACACUACCAUUAUGACACAACUCCAGACACCGUGGAAUACCUAGGGUACUUCUCACCUGCCCAGCUUCUCUACCGCAUUGAUCAGCCAAAGGAGACCCAUUUGUUUGGGAGAGAUUAAAGCCUAUGAUGCUUGCUUCAAAAAAGAAAUGAUUGAGGUUAAUUAACUAAUUCAUUAAUUGAUACUAAUACAAAAUAAAAUAUAGGACUGGAGAUGUAGCCCAGUGGUACAGUGCUUGCCUAGCACUUGGAAGGCUGUGGGCCCAAACCACAGUACCAAACAAACAAAAUAACCCGGUAAAAAUAUGUAUCACUUAAACCCUACUGUUUUGGCAUUUGAAAUGUAGGCAUAUUUUCUACAUAUCAAUAUAAAGGAGAUUAUUGGGAACAAAGAUAAAUAAUUGAAAUUUUUUUUGUAUACUCACAUUUAUUGAACCAAUUUUUUUCUUUCUUUUCCUUUUCUUUCUUUCAAGGUAGGGUUUUGCUCUAGCCAAGGCUGACCUGAAAAUUCACUGUAUU